UUUAAUUAUUACAUUCAACAAAUAGAAUUAAUUGAAAGCAAAAUUCUAAAAACAGUUAAAAAAGGUUUUAUUUCACAGUAUCUAAACUGCCUCUAGAUUGACUGAAGUACAUUUCUUCCUCCCUUCCAGGCACUGGUUUACUGUAACAGCAAUUAUGUCUGGGGAAUAUACAAAUUAACACAAGUAGCAUGGUCUUCAGAUAAAAGCAAAACUAAAGAGUUUCUUGAAGUUAAGGACUGAGAUCUUUUGAAAGUUAUUACUUGCAUCUGAUAUUAAAGGUUGAAUAAAUAAGAGUCUUAGUUACUGUUUGAGUUGGUUUGGGCUGCAUUGUGCAGUCUUGUCUGUACUGUAUUGAUUUAGGGCUAUGGGACACAAGGUAACAUCCAGAUCAGGCUGCAAACUCUUAACCCACCUUUAGUGGUGUCACAAGAUCCUUCUCCAGUCGUUAGGUUGUUUCAGACUGUUUGUUUCCUGCUAUUACUUUGCCUGCUUUCUUUGCUACAUGAUCUCUCAAGGCAGUCUCUACUCCUUAUGGCUUCAGUUUCAACUACUACAAGCUCACUUUGGAACUUCAGAUUCAUAUUUGUAUGUAGUCUCCUGCUUAUGUCUAAGAGUAAGCAUAGACUUAAAGCUUAUUAGUCUCUGCUUACUUAGAUUUAAGACCCAAACUGAAUCCCUCAUUCCUUAUGCGCCCCUGUUCCUGUGGGGACUACCAGCUACCAGCUCUCCCAGCAUUCCCUCUUUUGAUUCUGGUGACAUCACCAUCCACUCAGGCCAGCUAAAAUCUCACAGCCAUCCUAGAUUUCUCCCUCGUUCACAUUCCAGUAUUUAAUUGGUCAUCAAGCCCUGUGGGGUUUUAGUUGCUAAGUCUCCGGUGUAGGUGCACGUGUGUUCUCAGAGCUGCUGAGCUAGUCAGUCUACCGCGGGAGCAACCAAAGUAGUCUCUCUCUCUUCUGCUCAUCAAUACUCAUAUUCCUAAUGGAGUGGUUUCUAUGAAAUAUGGGUCUGAUUAGAACGUCUUUCCUGCUCAGCAACCUUUAGUAGCUCCCCGUCGUGUUAUCAGGGAGAGUCAGAUUCCCUAGCAGGGCAACAGCUCUUCACAGCCUGACACCAGUUUCCUUUUACCAGGUUUAUCCUGGAACAGUUUCCACCCCCUCUACUUCACCCCUGUCUCACUGUUUGGCACCCACCAGCGACACCCAGGGCUAAGAUGGAUCUUGUACUCAAUGCUGCAGAUUAUUAUUUUUUUACACCAUACUUCUAUCCAGCCUCAUGGUCUGAGGAUGACAUCUUCCGACAAACUAUUAGUCUCCUGAUUGUAACAAAUCUUGGUGCUUAUAUCCUUUAUUUCUUCUUUGCAACACUGAGCUAUUAUUUUGUCUAUGAUCAUUCAUUGAUGAAGCAUCCACAAUUUUUAAAGAAUCAAGUCUAUAGAGAGAUUACGUUUACUGUCCAGUCAUUGCCCUGGAUUAGUAUUCCCACUGUGUCACUGUUCCUGCUGGAGUUAAAAGGUUACAGCAAAUUAUAUGAUGACGUAGGAGAGUUUCCCAGUGGCUGGAUUCGCCUCUUUAUUAGUAUACUGUCCUUCCUGUUUUUCACUGACAUGCUGAUCUACUGGAUUCACAGAGGCCUUCAUCAUAGACUUGUGUAUAAGCGCAUACACAAACCUCAUCAUCUCUGGAAGAUUCCUACUCCAUUUGCAAGUCAUGCUUUUCACCCUGUGGAUGGCUUCCUUCAGAGUCUACCUUACCAUAUAUACCCUUUUAUCUUCCCAUUACACAAGGUAGUCUACUUAAGUUUGUACAUCUUGGUCAACAUCUGGACGAUUUCCAUUCAUGAUGGUGAUUUCCGUGUUCCCCACAUUUUAAGGCCAUUUAUUAAUGGCUCAGCCCAUCAUACAGACCACCACAUGUUCUUUGACUAUAACUAUGGACAGUAUUUCACCUUGUGGGAUAGAAUUGGAGGCUCAUUCAAAAAUCCUUCCUCCUUUGAAGGGAAAGGACCACUUAGUUAUGUGAAGAAGAUGACAGAAGAAAAGUGCAACAGGCAUGCAGAAAAUGGUUGUAAAAAUGAAAAAUUAUUCAGUGGGGAGUUUACAAAGACUGAGUAGAUUGGUGCCCUAUUAUUAAAUAUUAUGAAAUAUUUUUAAUAAGGAAAAAUAAUCUACAUACAUACAACCAAGAGACAUAGCAAGCAAAUGGUAUUUGAGAGUCCGCAUUGUGGGUACUGCUGAGGAAUGAUCGUGAUGUAGAUCAAGGAAGGAAUGCUGUGAACACCGAGAUUUUAACCUCAUGUUUACCAUAUUAGGUGUUGGUCUCAAGGACGUGUCGUGUCUCUGUAGCCAGCAUAUCUGUAACUUGUAUAGCCUCAAAAACAGUUUUUGUAAGGAUAGAGAAUAAAUUAUUGAGGGGACUAGGUUAUGUCAUUUUGCCUUAAUCUGCCCAUAUUCAUUAAGAAAAAUACAUUGUGCUUGAUAAUACCAAGACCAAGCAUCAUAACAAAGAAAUACUAAUAUAAACAUGGUUCCUUGUUUCAGGAAUGGUUAAGUCUUCAAUGUUGGUAUGAUAAUGACUACCUGUAGUAUUUUGUUCCAGUGGAUACAUCAGUGUGAAAAAAAAAAAAAUCUGAUAGAACGUAUUCGUGGCCAAGUAAAUGACCUAAUUAAUAGCAGGUGUAAUAAGAUUAUCAUCUUCCUACACACAGGAAGCUUAUUCUCUGGGGACGUUGUCAAAUAUUAACAUUUUACUGAUGAAAAAAUAAAUCAGAAUUUUUAAAAAUACUGAUACUACCACAAUUUAAUCCAGAUCUGGGCUUAUUUAAAGAUUUUGAUGGUUAUUAUUUUAAGCCAUUAUUUAAUAAGAUGAUGUGAAGCUGAAUAUAUUUAGAAAGGGAAAUUUGAUGCCCGGGUAAUAUAUUUGACAGUACUGCUUUUUUAAUUAAAUGGAUGCACUGCACUUUUGAUAAUGUUUCAAAGUUCCCAUCUUAUAAUUUCCUAUAAAAGGAAGUAAUUGCCAAAUAUUUAGGCCGAUCACUGAAGAUUAGUUUUGAAAUCUUAUUUUCCCUCUUCUCCCCUCACUUUUCCCCACUUUCUGUGCAAAAAGAUUUAACAAAUAGUUUCAUAAAGAAAUGUUGUAUGUUAUAUAGCAUAAGUAUAUUGGAAAAACGUGGUUUGGAAAAGGCAUUCUAUAAGGUAUUUAUGUAAAAUCAAUAAAAGUUGGUUAUUACUAUUAUUAAACUGUA